CAGCAACUCAGCUGCCCCCCCAUAAUCUGCUUACUGUAUGUUGAAAGACAGCAACUGUCAGCGUCAGGUCUUCACAAGGUUUUUGCGUCACUACAAGGAACUCAUGUGAAGUGGGGGCGUGUUCGGUCGUGAUGAGGUUAGACACAUCGGGAUAAACUUUACAGCACAGAAAGAGACGCCUCAGUCGUGCACCGGAAUGUUUGAAGUGAAUUGUCCAUCACCAGAACAUACCUUCACACAAAUAGACCUGGAUAACCUCAUCCAAAGGCUACCUACCCACUACUUGCCUUGUCAUCCAAUAUUGUUGGCAAUUCUGCGCCGUGUGCCUAAAUUAGCUGAAUCCCCCUCACAGAGCAUAUAUGGAGAGCAUAGACAAAUACUUCAUCGUUACACGUACCAAGACCCGGAAAGGCUUCUCUCGUGGUUCCAUUGGUCGAAUCGAGGCUGAGACGCAAACGGGGGAUAUUGUAGGUCUUGUAUACGGCAGCGGUGGCGGCACGGCCAAAAGUGGCGGCCUUCUGAAGCGGGAGGAGACAUACCCACUCACACGCCACCAGGCUCAACUCCUUCUGUUCGUGUCGCCGGCCAGCCGAAGGCUAGAGAUCCUCUGCAAUCAAAUGCUCUUUAAGGUCAUCUGUGAGCUGGCACAAGAUGACCUGGUCAUGGUGCGCUACAAGAAAGGCUUCCAACCAUGUCUGGUGAAAAACCUGAUGCAGAUUGGACGUAAGGAUGGAUCGGAUGACCUCAACAUGCUGGGAUUUGAACUACAGCCUGUGGUGUGUUCCUUGUCCCCACAGAAUCCAGAUAAGUUGUCAUCUAAGAAGCCAGCUCCACUGCCUGUGUUCAGUGCUGCAGACAUCAUACAAGUGGCUCAGUCAAGCACUAAGCAGCCACUGAGAGACAACCACACUAUUGGCAUCAACAGGAGGACUGUAUCCCGCAUCAACUCCUUGCCAAUCAUGGGGUCCAGAAAUGGGUUUCUGGGGAAGAAAAUAUCAUCUCAGAACACCCCUGACAUCAAGAGCCUGUCUAAUACUUACCAGCUGGAUGUGGGGUCCAUGGUGGAGAUGGCAUCAAACAGAAAUGUCAUUCUGUAUGGAGUGAUCCGAUGGAUAGGUGUACCAGCUGGACAGAAAGGCAAUUGGGCAGGGAUUGAACUUGAUGACGAGGUUGGCACCUGCACAGAUGGGACUUUCCAUGGACAGCGAUACUUCACCUGUCAAGGGAACAGGGCAGCGUUUGUACCUCUGGAAAUGUGCGUGCCAGACGGACGCUUCCACAGCCCCUCCCCCUCUUCUAGUGCAGACACUGAGGAGUCCCCUCGGACUCCCAUAGCAGUCACUCCCAUAGAGGAGGACAAAGGGGAGGAGGACGUACCCCCUCUCACUGAAUCUGAAGUCCUCCGUGUGCUAGAGGGGAAAAUGAAAGGAAUCCAAGGCCAUUUCAAUUCCUGUUACCUGGACGCCACGCUCUUCAGUCUGUUCACCUCGUCAGUGACCCUGGACAGGCUUUUGCAAAGCUCAGCCAACGCAGAGAUGAGCAUCUGUCGGCAGAUGAGGAGAGACAUUGUGAACCAGCUACGAAGGCAUGGCUUUGUCCCAGCAGAGAACGUAAUGAACUUCCGCAAGCAGCUGGGAUGCAACACGUAUGUGACCGAGGAGAAAGAUCCAGAAGAGUUUAUCGCAAUCCUCUUUCAGCGCGUCCUACAAAUGGACCCGCUGCUGAAAAUUAGAUUUAAUGGAGAUUCAGGGUCGUCACAAGAUGCCUACACGCACCAGAUCAUUCUGGAGAAGAAUGACGUGGGCCCCUGUCCCUCCGUCCAGCAGCUGCUGGAGACCUCCUUCAUGUCUUGCAACCUGAAGUUUGAGGAGGUUCCAUUGUGCCUUAUGGUUCAGAUGCCGAGGUUUGGAAAAAACUUCAAGAUGUUCCCCUGCAUCAUCCCCUCUACAGAACUGGACAUUACAGACCUCCUACACCAAUCCCCGAGGGAGUGCUUUAUCUGUGGGCACCUUGCACAGCACGAAUGCACCCAGUGCUUCAGAGACCGUAAACUCCCUGGAAGAAUCAAGCAAUACUGCUCGACCUGCAACACCCAGGUUCAUUCUCACCCUUCCCGACAAGGUCAUACCCCUCGCAGCUUGGCUCUCCCUGUUGAGCUCAGCGUCAGCAGCCCUGUAUCUAGAACUCACAUGCAGUUGUUUGCCGUCCUGUGCAUCCAGACCAGCCACUACGUGUCCUUUGUCAAGUACGGCCCUGAGCCUCAGUCCUGGAUGUUCUUUGACAGCAUGGCUGAUCGCAGUGGGGAUGACCACACUGGCUACAACAUUCCAGAGGUCCGCGCGUGUCCUGAGGUGGGCGACUUUCUCUCCCAGUCGGAGGAGGACCUUGCUUGCAUCAACCUAUCACAAACCAGUGGCCUUGUGCGCAGACUACUUUGCGAUUCCUUUAUGUGCCUGUACCAGCAGAGCUCCAGAUAAACUGGAGCAGAAGUCUGGCCUGACUUCAGCUAGAGCUAGUGCCCACUAACACAUAAACAGAGCUGAUGUCAUAACCUUGGCCAGGUGGCGUCAUGGCGACAACACAGAAAGUGUCCGAGGACAGUGGGAGGAACAGGAGCACCAUAACUUGACAUGUUUAUGUAACAACAAUUAACUCUAUGUUCCCAUCAAGGUCUGCGUCAGGCUUUUGUGGCACAUUAACACCACAAGUGAUCCAUUGAAGUGAAGUCGUGUUUUGUUGAUCUGAGUCCAGCUAGAGAAAUGAAACUUAAAUAUUUAUUUGUUGAAGACGUGUUUUUAGCUUGUUUAUAUUUUGUCUUGAUGUAGGUUUACAUGUAAAAUGAUUACGGUUGUACUGUAUCACCUCAUUCUUUCUGUAAAUUGUGGUUUUAUUUUUAAAUUUUAACAGUGUACAGCACAGACAGAAUAUGCAUUAUUUUGUGCCUGUAAAUCUUGUGUUUGUAUGUUUACAUAAUAUCAUUAAAUGUUCAAAACUCUUAAGAUACGUUAGCAUGGUGGUGAGUCAAAAUUACCAUGAUCCAAUUCACAUCAGACGAUUCAGAGUAAGGUUUGAAAAGAGAGGUACGACUUUGUUGCUGCUGUGUAUUAUCUUUGUACCCAUAAAAAUACUCAGCGCUUGGCAUGGCACUAGUGUGAAGGAUCGUAGCCUAAUAGUAAUCGGUGAUGUCAGAGUCCGGCAUGCAGCAUAUCUUACAAUAAAAGACAAGUUUAGUAUGAGCCUACUUAAAUCAUGAAACAGUGUUUCAUGAAGUUGACAAUAAAUCUAUACAGUUUCAGCAUGAUUACAGGCAAGGCUGUAGAUCCUCUGUGGAUAGGAUUUGAAUAUCAAAACUGCAGCACAGAGGGAUCACAAUUUGUAUGUACAAUGUGGAAAAUAAGUAUUGAACAUGUCAACAUUUUUGUUUUCAGUAAAUGUAUUUUCAAUGAGGCUAUUCACAUGAAAUGUAUACCAGACUUUAACUCAAGAAACCCAGACAUAAUGAAAUCCAAACAAAUUCUAUAAAUAAAGUUAUGUGUAAAAGUAGAAUGCCACCAGAAAAGCGCUGCCAUUUUCUCCCACAGUCUCUUAUGGGAGUGUCACCACUCUAUUUUCUCUACCGCUCUGGGUCCACCUACAGGUGGAUCUCAAAUUAGAAUAUCAUGGAAAAGUUCAUUUUCUCCCCCUAAUUUAUUUCAAAAAGUGAAUGUUUCAUAUAUUGAGUGCUAUAUCAAAGCAUAUUCAUGGAAAGUUGACUGGAAGGGAAACGUGUGGUAGGAAAUAAGCAACAAUGAUGACUUGAGAGAAUUGUCAAGCAAAGCCAUUUCAAGAAUUUGUGGGAACUUCACAAGGAGUGGACUGAGGCUUUGAGUCUGCAUCAACAGCCACUGUUGGGGUCAGAUGACGUCUGUGUUGUGCACCUGUGGUUACUCACGGUAAUUGGGUCACAUGGUGUUAGUGGUGGUGGCAAGAAUCAUAAUAUCACCUGCUCACUUGCUAUGUCUUUUGUGAAUGAACAGAGAGGGGGUCAUGGAGCCUUACUUUUUGCUGACUGCAUUUGAUAUAUUAAGCUGUUUAAUAGAAUUAUUGCUGUUGUGGACUACAUGAAACUUGUGGACUUGUGAUUUUACUUCUGGAUUUAUUGACGUUUAUGAAUUGAUAGACAUUGAACUGUAUUUGGAUAUUCUCAAGAUGCCGAUUUUACUACAAUAAAGGAACUUAACUUUCUUGGAA